AUGGGUAGCAGAUAUUAUUUUUCCUUAAUUGUUAAAUUUCAUAUAAUUAUUUCAUUGGUAGAAAAUCAAAGUCAACGCUUAUCAUCAUUGAAAUUGCAAUUAUCAUUAGCUUUCGAUUUAAAUCAGCUGAAAUUCGCUAAUCGAAUGUUACGUGCAAAUCAAGAUAUGUUAGAAGAAGAUUUAAUACAAUUAGCUAAAAUGGCGAUCAUACGAAAUCACGUAGAAUUCCUUUCUAUUUUAGAAGAUACUUGUGGUAUUACAUCAGAUAAUCUUGGAGAACAUUUUGAAUGGGAAUUGAGCUCGAAAAUGGUUUGA